CCGCCUGUGGCCGCCGCGUUCGGCCGUGCCCCGGAUGUGGCUCCUGCCCGGGAAAAUGGCGGCGCCGGGGUGGGCGGAGGGAGCGUUGUAGCGCCCGGUGCCGGUGCCAUCCCUGCCAUGGCGGACCUGGGCCGGCAACUGCACGAGUACCUCGCGCAGUCCAAGGCUGCUGCUGCUGCCACCGGCCCGAGCGCGGUCCCCGCACCGCCGGCCGCCGGCGACUCGCAGGAGGAGGCGGGGGACGGCGGCGGGCUGCGGGCCUGGCUGGGCGCGCUGAACCCAUUCCCACCGGGCACUCCCGCGGGCAGCUCGGGGUGUCCUUGGACGGGAGAGGCGGACCCGUGGCUGCCGGGGCUGUCGCGCUGGCAGCGGCUGGCGGGCAGCGGGCUGUGCGUGCUUCUGGCCGCGCUGUGCUUCGGGCUGGCCGCGCUGUGCGCGCCGCUGCUGCUGCUGCGCGCCCGCAAGUUCGCGCUGCUCUGGUCGCUCGGCUCGCUGUGUGCGCUGGGCGCCGCCGCGCUGCUGCGCGGGCCCGCCCGGCUGCUGCGAGAGCCCGGCCGCGGGACGCUGCUGUAUCUCGGGGCGCUGUUCGGGACGCUGUACGCCGCGCUGGGGCUGCGCAGCACCGCGCUGACGGCGCUGGGUGCCGCCGCGCAGCUCGGCAUCGCCGCCGCCACGCUCCUGGCCGCGCUGCCCGGGGGUGCCGCCGGCCUGCGCCGCCUCGCCGGGCUGCUCCGCGCCGCGGUGUGCGGCUGGGGAAAGGCACUGCCCCUGUGAGACCGGCUGUGCUGCCGCAACGGGGGAACACCGGCCGCAUCCCCGCGGGAAUCCCUCGCACACGGACUGAGACCCUCGCUCAAUAGCCAGCCGACUCCGAGACAGGGGACGCCACUUCUUUUCGCCUCCUCCGCGUCCUGUCGCGUUUUCCUCGCCAGCGCUCGAGGAACAGCAGCAGCAGCGCCUGACAGAGCKGAGCGGCCCCGGUGACUCGGAGCUGUAUUGCCGUGUGCUUUGUCAGCCUUGCCGAGCGGCCCCGAGCUCGGUAUUUGCCUUAGCGCACUGCCAGCUCCACAGCCAUGGCUUGGAAUCGCUCCAGCUCUGGGUGGGAGCUGGCAGAUCCCAUUUCCUACCUCCAGCAUGGGCCCGUGUGGCUGCUGCGGCGGCUGCUGCAGAGCGGGAGAUCGGAGCGGACGCGCUGUGAUUACGGACUGGCCCGGUACCGAGGAGCGGCUGAGGUGCGCAAGGCGGAUACCGAAACACGAAGAUGAUUUAGCAAAAUGUGAUCAAGUUUGGGGGAGAACAUUCAAAGAUUAACUGGUAUUACCUCAUUUUGUGCUGACCCCUACACUCUGAACACAUACUGUUUUUGCUGCCACCUCAGACCAGUGGUGAAUAUGAAGACUGUGGCCACUGAACUGCAUUUCUCUCUAAAAGCAGCUUUAAAAUAACCAUCCAGAUGKCAGACUAGCAAGCAGCGGCGAUCGCCUGCAUUUUGGCAUUUUAACAUCAGCACCACU